CUAGCUUGAAAAAAGAAAAUAGAGAAAUAAAGUCUAGAAAAUUUUGAGGGUCAAUUAAGUUUUGAAUUGGACCCAAGUGCUCUCUCUCUCUCUGCGUCUCUCCAGUCUAGGGUUCUUCUUGUCUUCUAUUGUAGCCGAGCCAGAUUUGUUAUCAGUUAGGGUUUUGAAUCUUUUGAAUUUCCAAUAAAAAAAAUAAGAUUCAAAUCUCUCUAAUUUCUUCGAAGAAUUUAACAAACGCUGCUUAAAGAUUUCAAAGCCACACCACACCAUGUACGGAUCAAGAGGGGCAAUGUUGGGAAGCGGGGGGGUUUCGGAUGGGUACGAGGUCGGCUCAAAGAGACCAAGAAUGAUGGAAUCAAAUCCCUACUUCGCAGUGAGCGGUGGAUCGAGUGGCUUUCAACCCUAUGGCUAUGGUGGAGGAUUUCAGUCAGCUCCCUUUCCCGUCGUUCGUCUGAGGGGUCUUCCUUUCAACUGCACUGACAUCGACAUCUUCAAGUUCUUUGCUGGACUUGACAUUGUGGAUGUGCUGCUGGUCAAUAAGAAUGGACGGUUUACAGGAGAGGCUUUUGUGGUCUUUGCAGGAGCCAUGCAGGUUGAGUUUGCUUUACAGAGAGACCGACAGAACAUGGGACGCAGAUAUGUGGAAGUCUUUAGGUGCAAGAGGCAGGAUUAUUAUAAUGCUGUUGCUGCAGAGGUGAAUUAUGAAGGAAUUUAUGACACUGACUACCAUGGAAGCCCUCCACCAUCUAAAGCAAAGAGGUUCAGUGAUAAGGAUCAAUUAGAAUACACUGAGAUUUUGAAGAUGCGAGGUCUCCCCUUCUCUGCGAAAAAACCUGAAAUAAUUGAAUUUUUUAAAGAAUUCGAGCUGGUUGAAGAUAGAAUACACAUUGCAUGCCGGCCAGAUGGGAAAGCUACUGGAGAGGCCUAUGUAGAGUUUGCUUCUGCUGAUGAAGCUAAAAGAGCUAUGAGCAAGGAUAAGAUGACAAUUGGGUCAAGGUACGUGGAGUUGUUUCCAUCAACACCCGACGAAGCUAGAAGAGCUGAGUCAAGAUCAAGGCAGUGAAGUGUGAUAAGUUGCUGAGAAAUUUAGUGCUGACUUUUGCUUUAUUAUUGUUAAAAUUCCAGCCAGCUAUGGUUUGAUUCCCGUCUUUACAAGAAUCAGCUGUGAUGCUAAAAUGUACUGAUUUCUAGGUUGUAUGCUUUAGAAUGGUUCUGGGAUUAUGUUGGGCUUGAGCUUUUAUUAUGGGUUUAUGUUCAUGCAUACCUACCUUUUCAUGCAAGGUACAGUUUGCUAGUCUUAAUAUAGGAAUCAAUCUAUACCCUCUUAGCAGGAA